AUGGCGCCCACUCCCGCCCGGCCCCCAGCUGGGACGCCAGGCUCGCAAGCCACCAAAGCCGCCACGCAGAAGGGCAACAUGAGCUCUAUACUCAGCAAUGUUGAUCAGCUUUUCAUCACCGCGCGAAAGGGGGCUUUGAACAUCGGCAGUUCGACCUAUCUGCGAGGCGCUAUUCUGGAACAUCACCGAUAUAUCAUCUUCCACGCUAUCAAGGGUGGCAAGUCCAACCCCCUGCUCGAUAUCCCCGAAUCGCUCGACCCGAGUCUGAUGCCAAUGGGCCAGCCGAGCCUCAUCCCUCCGGCCAAGUGGACGCAGUUGAUCACUGCCGCUGAGGCCGAAGCGAGGCAAAAACUUGCAGAGGGAACCCUCACAGCUCCCAAGCUGGAGCCUUCGGCCUCGACUGCGUCCACGCCAGCUUCUAGCCCCGCGUCGACGACUAUAGGUGUCCGGCCGCCAUCCAUGGCGGGCAGGCCACAGGUCCGGCCAGCAGGAGCAACGGGGGCGGGCUCGCCAGCUCCAUCUGCUGCGCCAUCCCCUGCAGGUACGCCACUCCUCGCGCCGGCGAUCAUUAGGCAGGCACCGCCGCCGGGGGUGAUGAAGGGGGAUGAGCUGAAGCGAUGGGCUAGCAUGCCAGCUGCCGAGCGGGUCGAGCAUAUGCGAAAUGAACCCGAGUUGAAGCGGAGGUUCGAACAAUCGGUGAAUUGGUAUCGGGGCCAAGCGAGGGCAAAGGAGAUGGCCGCUGCGCAGGCUCAGGCUUCUCAAGCUCAAGCGGGCCACUCAGCCGGACAAAAUCAAGCCGGACCUUCCAACUCGCAACCAUCCGCCACACUCGCCAAGCCCAACACCACGACCACACCCGCCCGUCCCCCACCCACCAACACUUCCGCUUCUACAAUCGCGAUCCCCACUCUUCCCCCUACGCUCCAGAGCUCCAACCCUACGCCUGUCCUAGGCAAUCCCGGAUUUACGCUCGCACAGCCUCCUCCUCCCCGUUCCAACAAUGCUCUUCAGGGCCAAGGCUCGUCUACAUCGACUUUGCAAUCCUCGUCUAAUUUCGGCCCGUCCGGCGCGAACGCGGGAUCGGGAUCAGCGGGCCCAUCUCACCCACCUCCACCACUGCGAGACCACCACCUCGAUCCAGCGCUGGCGGGGGCGUAUGUCCCUCCGCCGCCGAUGCCGCCUGCGCCGCGGCGGAUCCCAGAGGAGCCCGAGGCAGAUAGGCGAAAGAGGAAGUAUAGGGAGUGGACGGCGGAGAUGGGUGCUGGACUGGAGGUCGAGUUGGGGCUGGACGAGAUUCUGAAUGAGGUGGUUGAUAAGUUCAUCUUGGAUGUCACGCGCGCGGGGAUCAGACUGUCAAAGCAUCGAAAGUCAGACAAGGUCGAAUUGAAGGAUCUAGCCUUUUAUGUCGAUAAGCAAUAUCAUAUGACUGUCCCCGGCUUUGACGCGCAUGUACCCAAACCCCUACAUCUACCUGUGGAUACGGAGGAGCGAAAGCGGCUCAGGGCUGUCAUUCCGCGUACAAUGAAGAAGGCGGAGGAGGAGGCGCCGGCGGUAGCGGGGGCAAAAGCUAGUGGUACCCGAGACGCCAGCGCUGCGGCGGCCAAGGAAGGCGGAGCGGCGUAG